CAGUACCAUUGCGAUCACCGGAGGCAGCAUACUAGGGUCGUGGGUCGAGAUCAUAGAAUACCAGAAAGAUCAGUACCGUUACUGACGCUGCCAUAGUACCAUGUCCUCCCGUCCUGUUCUUACCUUGGAAGGUCUCUCGGAAGAUCUCCAGUUGAAGAUCUUUGGGCACUUGAAUGUUCUGGAUCUGCGUGUGGCUGCCUGUGUGUGUCGGCACUGGAACUCUGUCAUAAAGCCAUUGGAUUUGGGAUUGCUGGUGAUGACCAUCUCAGGCUCCAAUGAAGUGGCCUUGCUGUCUUCUUCCUCCUUCAGCAAAACUAGUAUUACCUCUAGCAUUGUCCAAAGGUUUGCGGCAUCCCCCAACUGCCGAAAGAGGAAGCGUUAUACCCCGCAAACAACGAGGGGCCGUUUUGCCUUCCAAUGGCCCACCUGCUUGGCCGUGGGACCAGAGAAGCAACUCUACCUGAGUCAAUAUAAAGUCCAAGGAGUUUUAGAGUUUCGUCCUUGCCCCAAAGGAUACCAAUAUAGAAGAACGUUGGCGAGUGGACGAAACUUGGCAUCUCCCGAAGGCUUGGUACUUGCCCACAAUAGUCUCUAUGUGGUCUCGACACAGAAUGCCACCAUUUCACGGCUCUCACUCUCCACGGGAGCGCUCCUAGAACGGGCUGGACCCUCACAUGGCAUGAAUGGCUUUUGGGCCCUCUGGGGCAUGACUAUCAGUCCUUGUCAGAGAUACUUGCUCAUUGCAGGACAUAUCUGUGGUGAGGGAGAUUUCCGACAACCGACCGACACUCCUACCGGAGCUAUCUUAUGUCUUGAUCUUCAACCCAACGGGUCCUUUCAAAGGAACCAGCGCCAAGGUACUAUUGUGGGCUAUUAUGCCAUUCCAGCGCCUGCCUCUCUUGCCCUAAAUCGACCCUCGGAUCCACAGUACUGCCGACAUGGGAUGCUCCAUGUAUCCACCUUUGCUCCUAAUGCUACCGGUGGAAGGAGGAUUCAAAAAUUCUGCUUGCCAAAACAACAGAAGCCACCAAACAAUCACGGGGAGGACGUAAUUCGCCACUGGGGAUGGCUACAAGAAGCUGACCGAGUCAAUUCCUGGGGGAUUGCAUUUUCCACCAAGACGGAUCAAGUCUUCCUCACGUCUUCCAAUACCCGGAACUCCGCAAAUGCCACCAAUAAUGGGGGCCAAAUCUUGCAAUUGCCAACUUGCGGAUGCCACCAGCUAGAUCUUGCCAGCAAUACUAAGCCACCGCAUGCCAUAUCCUGUGGUGACUUGACGGCGCUGGUGGACGGUCAGCGUGUUGAAUUGAACCAACCCUACUAUGUUCGUUCCAUUGAUUAGGAACUAACUACAGUACGCAUGGUAUACUGUACUGUACAGCAGCCAGUGGCACGAAUCGGCUAUUUCGGAAACACUUAGUUGUACAUGUAGCUAUGGUAUUCGCCACGGUAGUUUACGUUGCUAUUUACGUCUAGUAGGAGCAAUUGACUAUAAUAUAGGCUAAGAAUACAUGCAAAAAUCAAGCUUCGUCUCCGCCAGAAACAAAGGGCGUCUUCAUGGCCCGCAGGCAUGUAUUUGCAACUGUUCCAACACAAGAUCUCGAGACAGUUGACCUUUGCCUUCCACAUCCACC